AGUGCGUCUCUCUACCUUGUUCGCUAUAGUAAUAAGUUAAAAGAUGAUUUUAUAUUAUUUUUACAAUUAAUAGGUACAAAAACCUAACAUCAUUAGAUAGCUGUUUAUUCAAAUUUUUGCUAUGCAUCACAUAAAAAAGUUGUCGUAAUGUUUGGUUUAUUAUGUUCUUAAUAAAGAUAGUGCUGUGGAAAUAAUGGCGUCCAUGGAAGAAGGAGAACCGCCGCUUGCGGAAGAAAUACCAGCUGGAAACCCCCAGGAGUUGACAAAAAAUCCUACUGCUCUAAAAGAAGCCCGUGAACAAAUGGCCACCUUGGAUGUGUUGGUGUGCGGACAGUGCCACUCAGCAUUCCAUUUUGUUGAUGAGUUCAAGGAGCACAAAGAUGAAAACAAUUGUACUGGAAAAUCUCCUGUUAGAGAUAGUAAUGAAAGCAAGUCGCAAGUGUGGGCAUUUCUCCUGUGGAAAUGUUCAUCCCGCGACGCUGCAGCAACAUCAGGCGAUAACAGCUGGAAACUGUACCAGCAGUGGUGUAGAAUGCCAGAAGCACAGCGCACUGCGUGGAUCACUGCUGGGUCCAAUGUACAGUCUUUGUCUAAGUUUUCACAUGCUAAAGUUAUGGAAUUAAAGUCAGAUGAUCAGCUUGUUCCUGUUCAAAACACACCGGGUGAAGUGAAAAGAAGGGGAAGACCAAGAAAAAUAAAACAAGAAGAUAUUGAACCGCAACCGUCUGGAGAAGAAAGUGAUGAUGUAAAAACAUCAAUCAAACCUCCUUCUAAAGUAUCAGUUUCAGCUCUUGCGAAGGCAAAGGAGGAUACAGAAAGUGUACGCGGUGCUCAAGAGCGCGUGCCGGCAGCGGAUCGUAUCGCGCGUCGUACUGAACGUGAGGCUCCGCCGGGCGCAGCACCGCAGGAGUUUGUCGUAGAGAAGAUACUCGCCAAGCGGUUCAACCCGCGCCGCAAGCACUAUGAGUACCUGCUCAAGUGGGAGGGCUACCCGCACGAACAAAACACAUGGGAGCCAGUAGAAAAUAUGGAAACAUGCAAACACUUACUAGAGGCAUUUGAAAAGCAAUUGGCACGGCAAAAGGAACUGAAGGCAUUAAGAGCUCAACAACAAUCACAACAUCCAGUACAGGUGAAACAAACGAGUACACCAUUGCCUCAAGUUGUGAAACAACUAGUUAAGAAAAAUGACACACCAGCAUUAACACCUACAGGCCGUUUACAACGUAGUAGCAAAGCGCGUGCGCUGGACCAAGUGAAGGCGUGGUGCGGCGGCGCGGACGACGAACCGCCCGCCAAGCGCGCCAGACAACUCUCUGUGGACAAUGACUACUCGGACCCUGAUGAGCCUAAAGUGGAAAAAAGCAUUAUCAAUGGCCAAUCGUCUCCAAAGUCUAAUGUGGAUCCAGAGUUAGUGAAGUCCCUGGGGCUUGGUGGCAAGGGCAUGCCUAACAUUAAGGGAGUUAUCAAAGUUGACCCCAAGCAUAUGCCUAACUUAAGCACAGGUGUGUACAUAAUGUCAAAGAGUUCUGGCAUAAUGAAGAUCGAUUCACCUGGAAAAAUUGGUCCUGGCCUUAAUAUAGACCAAGAUGUAAUUAAAAAGCAAAUAAUGGCUGCAAAACAGAAGAAGAUGGAAGAAAAUAAGAGACAAUCACCAAGCACACCAAUGACACAACAGGUUAAGAAAACAUAUGGCCCUGCUGGACAGCAAGUCACCGAAAAGACAAUAAUAACUCCAUCUGGACAGAAGAUCAUUCAGAGGACAAUACAGAGGCCGUAUGGCGGUCAGUCUGACGGGAAAUCGCCCGUCACUAUACUCAACAAGAAAUUGGCACAAUCGCAAGGUGACAGUCUACUGCGUCGCGGCGGUGCGGCGAGAGGCCGCGGGCGGGGCGGGUUCAUGUCUUCGCCUACUACGCUCAUGCGUAUCAAGGAGAAGGCUGUCUCCUUUGAUUUCGACAAGGUAAAUUGGGACACGUCGUCGGACUCGUCGGACGGCGUGGAGGACCCGUUCCCGCGCGAGCUGGGCCCGCUGCCGCCGCCGAGCCCCGAGCGGCCGCUGACGCUGUGCCCGCUCACGGGGCGGCGGCUCGCGCGCGCGGAGAACGAGCCCACACCGCCGCCCACGCCCUCGCCCCCGCCCACGCCGCCCACCCCGCCGCCCACUACGCAGUCCGCUACUAUGCUCAUGAAGGUGGAAAUGUCGCCGGGUGGAACGACGGGAAUGUUGGUACAGGGCGAUGGAGCGCAGCCUUCACUACCUAUGCUUACUGACGAAGAUGGAACGGAAGUGAAAGUGGAAGCGAGUGCCGUGAAACAGUUGUUAGAAGAGGGCGUCGGCGUUGACGACAGCGAAGAAGUUAGUCUCUUACACGCUGGUCACACACCCAUCAUGAUUCGCGGAGAGGAUGGAGUGCUAUAUCAGGUGGCCGGCGAGAACGAGGCGGGUCAAACGUUGCUGGUGGCGGCGGAGGGCGUAGAGGCGGGCGUGGAGGGUGUAGAGGGCGCUGUGGAGGGCGACGGGGAGGGCGUCAUGUAUGUGACAAGGGAGGACGGACAGACGCUACUAGUGUCGACGCAAGGCGUGCAAGGCACAGUGGAGGGCGUGGAAGGCGGGGCUGAGGGUGACGGGGAGGGCGUCACGUACGUUACAAGAGAGGAUGGACAGGACGUGCUAACAAUCGACCCGGCGCAGCUCGCGCAGCUGAUGCCGGGCGGCGAGGCGGGCGGGCUGCAGCAGGUGGCCGUGCAGGUGGAGGGCGAGCCCGGGGAGGACGCCACGCAGGUCAUCGCGCAGCUCGUGCAGGCCGACCUGCCCUCGCCCGGUGGCACGCGGCGGGUAGUUCUCCUACUACCAGACGGGAGCUUCACAAUGACGGAACUCGACAAGGAACAGUACGAGUCCAUAACGGAAGCGAGCAAAGCACAAGAGUGAACGACUGAUAGCCUAAGUGUAUAGUUACUGACCAGUCUAAGACUUAGGAAUUACCCCCUAAUCCCCAAAUGAACGGGGAUAUCUUGAAUUAUAUGCAUACAUGUGUUGAUUAUGAGAAUUAUAGUAUAGGCUAUAUUUUUUAGUGGUGCAGUUCUUAAUAUUUUAAUGAACAAAACUGUAUGAAAUUAACAAUUAAUCUUGUGUGAUGAUGAAAUUAGUGGUCAAUUAUUGUUAAAGUUUGAUUGAUUGAUUUUUUUCAGUAUCGUGAUUGCAGUUUAUUAUGUAUUGUGUGCACAAAAAUGUAUGAUGUACAUGGGAAAAUGUUUUGUAAGAAUUGAUCCAAAUGUUAUUAUGAAUAUACUAGCUGCUCCGCGCGGUUUCACCCCCGUGGCUACACCCCUGUUGGUCGUAGCGUAAUGACACAUAGCCUAUAACCUUCCUCGAUAAAUGGGCUAUAUAACUGCGAA